CGGAGUUGCACUUUGCAGACGGUCCCUGAGCACUGGUUUCUUCCCCGGCUGCGGAUAGAGACCAAUGUGUCCAGCUCGGAGGACGUUCUCCGAGAAAAGCAUCCAGCUUCCCUGGCCUGGAAAUCUAAUUUAUCUGCUGUACAAAACCUGCAACUAAAUCUGCUGGAAAAACUCUCAACAAAACCAGCAAUACCGUGUGCUCCAAGGUUGUCAGCAACACAGGGAUGCAAACUCAUCAGUGAUCACUCCGCUCCACUCCUUCACUCUGCUGAGGUGUGGCUUUGAGGAUCUUUACCGAAAACUGAUUUUCUUCUUCUUACAACUUUCCAAAGGAUUUACAGGUUUCCCCAAAUCCUGACAGUCCUUUCCCCACAGUCACUGAGGAUGGCGGUAAAUUGGCCAGGACUCGUGUCCAUAGGAGUGUUUUACAUCAUCGUACUGGGCACAGGCAUCUGGGCGUCCAGGAAGUCCAAACGCGAGGAGAAGAAAUGCUCCGGGAACCGCAGUGAAGUUGCAAUGGUUGGAGGGAGGAACCUAAAUAUCUGUGUCAGCAUCUUCACAAUGACAGCCACUUGGGUGGGAGGUGGCUAUAUUAUGGGUAGUGCUGAAAUGGUCUACGAUCCAACGAAGGGCUUAGUGUGGGCCGUCGCACCCUUGGCUUUCUCCAUGAGUCUAAUUAUAGGUGGGCUCUUCUUUGUCAAACCUAUGCGGUCGAAGAACUACGUGACCCUCAUGGAUCCAUUUCAGGAGAAAUACGGCAACAAAGUGUCCGCUGUGCUCUUCAUUCCCGCUCUCAUUGGGGACAUCCUGUGGAUUGCAUGUAUUCUGGGUGCACUGGGAGGGACGGUGAGCGUGGUGAUAGAUAUCCACCCCUGGCUGGCUGUGAUUAUCUCUGCUGCUGUGGCCGUCCUCUACACUCUGAUGGGAGGACUCUACUCCGUGGCCUACACUGAUGUCAUCCAGCUUUGCUUCAUUAUCGUCGGCUUGUGGCUCUGUGUGCCUUUUAUCCUGGCUAGCCCCUCCUCUGCUAACUUCACUGUUGCUGCAGUCACUAAGCUGCACCAGGAGCCAUGGAUCGGCCGGCUGGAGCUGGAGGAUGCAGGUCGCUGGGUGGAGGACAUACUGCUGCUGGCCAUCGGAGGGAUCUGCUACCAGGCUUUCUACCAGAGGGUUCUGUCCACAGCCACUGAUGCCCAGGCGAAGAUCACCUGCUACGCUGCUGCUGUAUUUUGCCCAAUUCUUGGCAUCCCUUCAAUCCUCAUAGGAGCAGUGGCUGCAUCUACCAACUGGAACCAGACCAGCUACGGUUCCCCCAGCCCGUAUGAAGAGGGCAAAGCUGGCAUGAUCCUCCCCAUCGCCCUCCAGCAUCUCUGCCCUUUCUACGUCUCUCUGCUCGGUAUGGGAGCUCUGGCUGCUGCCGUGAUGUCGUCCGUCGACUCGGCUCUUCUGUCUGCCGCCUCCCAACUGGGCCGAAACAUCUUCAAGAACAUCAUCUACAAAGGGGCGUCAGAGAAACUGAUUCUCAUGGCGGUGAAAGUGUCGGUGGUGCUGUGUGGGACAGCUGGAGCCGGCCUGGCCAUGACGACCUCGUCCGUCCACUUGUUCUGGAUCAUCAGCUCAGACGUGCUGUACUGUAUGAUGGCUCCUCAGGUGAUUUGCAUCUUCUACCUGUCUCGCUGGGUGAAUUACUUAGGGGCCUGCUUUGGUUUCGUGCUGGCUCUCCUGCUGAGGGUUCUGGUUGGAGAACCUGUGAUCGGCCUUCCUGACCUGAUGCCUCUGCCCUGGGACAAGAUCCAGGACGAUGGUACUCGAUACCGUUUGUUCCCUUUUCGAACCGCAAUCCUGUUCAUCACCCUCGGGACUAUUUUCCUAGUGUCACGCCUCGCUGAGUGCCUGUUUGAGAAGAGGAUGCUGGGAAGUGAGGAUGAAACAGACGCUACAUGUCAGGAGAUGAAACCGAUGAAUAAAGAACAGACAAACACAUCUUUAGAUUGAUAAAUAUAUAGAUCAGGGGUGUCCAAACAUUUUUCACCAAGGGUCACAUACAGAAAAAUAUUCGAAGGGCCGGGCCACUCACUAGAGGCGAGGUAUACUGCCUCAUAAGUUAAGUUAUAAGUUAGCAAAAUCAAUCAAAAGUAGGUAAAUGAUGCUUGAUACUUGAAUCUGCUUUAAGGAAAAUAAACAGCCUACAUCCAAGCUCUCCAGAGAGUUUCAUUUCAUUUGUUAGCAGCUCAUCCCUUAGGAAAUAGGAAGGGUAUAUUUCUAGUUAUUGGGCUUUUUUCUUAUCGACUUUGAACAUAUUUUCAAAUUUAAUUGACUGAAUUUAUUGCAAAUUGGGCUUAUUAACACAUGAACACUACUGUGUAAUUUAUGUUUACAGAUAUAUUUAAUAAGUACAAUUCCCGCAUCACUUACAAACUCCUCCUCCUCACCUACAAGUCCCUCCAUGCCCUCUCCCCUCAGUACCUCACAGAUCUCCUCCAUCCAUACAUCCCGUCCCGCACCCUUCGAUCCUCAGACUCUGGCCUGCUCUCCAUUCCACCUUCACGCCUCCACACCUUCGGGGACCGUGCCUUCAGUGUCGCUGCCCCCACCCUCUGGAACUCCCUCCCUGCAGAAAUCCGCAACGCCCCUUCUCUGAACAUCUUCACAUCAACCCUUAAAACUCAUCUGUUCAACAUCGCCUUCCAACAAUAACUCACUCUCCACCCCCACUUACACUUCCAUUUCUGCCCCCUGUUUUAUGUUUUAUGUCUUGUCCUUGUAUGUUUCUUUGUAAAGCGACCUUGAGGUUAUGAAAGGCGCUAUAUAAAUUCAAGUUACAAUUAUUAUUAUUAAUUCAAGAAAAGCUCAAGUUUAAUUUGUGGGCCGUAUUCCAUUAUACUUUUUGAAUGUCCCGCGGGCCGCUUUUGGCCCCCGGGCCGUAGUUUGGACACCCCUGAUAUAUCUGGGGAUGUGUGUGGUUCAUUUCUUCUUAUGACUUUUCUUCCUUUAGCGAACAAUAUGUGCUUUAAUCAAAACAGAACAAAAAGGUGUGAAGCAGAGUGGGAUCAUGGGAGUUUGUAUCUUUCCAAGCAUUCCUGCCAUUUGAGUUUCUUACAGUCAGUGUCCUUUAUUCUCCUCAAAAAGAAACCUGUUGUUUUAAACUGUUGAAAACUCAGAAUAAAGCUAUUUCCUGUUUAUAAUCAGGCUACUGACUCAAUGUACUCAAUGAAAGGCAGGUUUUUCUAUAUGUAAAAUCAUUUUUGAUCCUAAAUAUCUUUGUUUUCGUCUUUUCUAAGCUCACAUUGUUCUGCUGUCUUACAUAUAGGGUUGCAAAGGGGCGGAACAUUUCCGGUAAAUUUCCGGAAAGUUUCCAUGGGAAGUUAAGCUGGGGAAUUUUGGAAAUAUUCGAUGCAAAAUUAUACAAAAAACAUG